ACUUUCCUUUGGCCCCUGCCUUUCAUGCUCUGAUCCUUACUAACUAUGUCUGCCCAAACAGACAUAAGAGUGAAGUCUGGCUGUACUGCUGGGUGGAGGAAGGGCACCAAGACCGCCGAAGAGAACACUUACAUAACGCCCGUCCUGCCUACCAUGGAAGUGAGAGAUUCUCCUCAGAGUGAUGAUGAGGAUGACAUAGUAGAAAAGGCAGAGGCGAGACCAUCAAAGUCAGAGCGCCAAGACAGACGCUUGCUCAAUGCCUACCUCCACUGAAGUGGAAGCUUUUCAUCAAGAUGUGGCAGCAGAAGAGGCAGAAGCAAACCCAUCCCAGUCAGAACCAGGCUUAGGAGUGUCCCCAGAGGAAAAAGCAAAGACAUCUGACCACAAUGAAAAUAACUGGUCACUGGACAGUCAUAACUCUGGGGAUGAAGAAGAAAACAGCAAAGACAUCUCAAAAGGCAGAGUGCUGGAUUUGUCUGUAGAGGAGGUCAUCGAAGUGUCGUCGGAAGAAGAAGAACAGAAGGGAGGUGAUGAUGAUGAUGAUGAUGAUGAUGAUGAUGAUGAUGAUGAUGAUGAUAGCGAUGACGAGGGUGGCGAUGAUGAGAAUGGUAAUGAUGAGGACGGUGAUGAUGAGGAUGGUGGUGAUGAUGAAGAUUGCACUGGACAAGCACAACUUAUGGUAGAAGAAACAAAGCAGUGUACAGGGAGAAGUAACCAAGAGGAUCCUUCAAAUAAGCUGUCCUUAUUCCAGGAAGACGAAGACUCAGCUGAGGACUCCGAGGAUGUAGCAACAGAGCAACCCUUGGGAAAAGAUGAGGAGCCGGAGUCACAGAGAGAUGAAGGUUCAGAUGAGACCACUGAGGAAGAAGAAGCAGAGCCACCAUUAGGACAAGAUAAGACAUCCAUACCACAGACAGAUGAAGAUUCAACUGAGGACCCUAAGGAAGAAGCAAGAAAGCAGACAGUAGAAAAAUGUAACCAAGAGAAUCAUUGUCAGAAAACAAAUAAUGAUAAGAACUUUGCACAGAUAUUUGAAGAUUCAAGUAUGGACUCUGAGGAAGACACACCAGAGCAGCCAGUGGGGAAAAGGAACCAAAGGAGGCCUUGUAAGCAAAUGAAUAAUGACAGACUCAGUAAUGGUGGGGAUAACAGUGACAACAGUGAUACGCUUGAAGAUAUGCAUGAAGAUUGUCCCAUGCUCAAACACUACUAACCAUGUGCAUGUUCCCAAAUAAACAUCACUUUUGUUUACAAGUACAUUUAGUUUUUAAUGAUUCAAAAUGCAUUCAUUUCUCAAGGGAGUAAUUGUUGCUUAUAAAAUUCUCUUUCCCAGCA